AUGGGUACUGAAACAAAAUAUGGGUGGGAGGAGAACUAUGAGGAGAUCAAAAGGAUCACAAGUAACUUAAAUGAGACUUGGGCUAGGGAGGAGACAUACUGGCACCAGCGAUCUCGAGUAAAAUGGCUCAAUGAAGGAGACAGGAAUACUACUUUUUUGCACCACUCCACCAUUGCUCGACGGCGACAACACCGUAUUCUGCGAAUCCAAGGGAAUAAUGGCCAGUGGUACUCCGGGCAAAAUGCUACAAGACGAGUGAUUGAGGAACAUUUUAAGGGUCUUUUCUCAACUGAGUGUGUGGAGGAUGACUUGGAUAUUCUAUCUUGUGUGGAUCCUGUUGUUACAGAGGACAUUAACACUACAUUAUUACAGGAAAUCUCCUCUCAAGAAAUUAAAGAUGCAGCAAUGCAAAUGGGAUCCCUUAAGGCCCUGGGGCCAGACGGGUAUCAUGGGAUUUUCUACCAGCAGUACUGGGACAUAAUCCACAGGGAGGUUCAAGGCAUUGUGAAGGAUUUUUUUGCUGAAAGUUGUAAUCCCACUACCCUAAACAACACCAACAUUGAUGAGACAAAAGUGCAUUGGAUCAUUUGGGCUACUUUGGGGCUUCCAAAGAAUCAGGGAGGCAUGGGAUUUAGAGAUUUUAAUGAUUUCAAUUUGGCCUUGCUAGCCAAACAAUGUUGGAGAUUAAUCAUGGAGCCGAAUUCCAAAUGGGCUCAACUCUUGAAGGCUCGUUAUUUCCCGGAAUGUAGUUUCUUGGAGGCAAAGAAAGGCAGUCGUGCUUCCUGGGCUUGGGCAAGCUUGCUUGAGGGAAGAAAGAUCAUUCUCCAGGAAGCUCGGUGGCAAAUUCUAAAUGGUAGACAAACAAAGAUUUGGACAGACCGUUGGAUUCCCUCCCUUCACGAUGCUUCAAUUACUGACGAGGAGAAACUUGCUGUCCAGCUUAUCCCUAUAGGGAAUGGAAGGGAGGAAGGCAGAUUAGUGUGGCCUGGGGAAAAGAACGGCAGAUUCUCUAUGCGAUCUGGGUACCAUUGCAUCCAUGCCUUGCAGGUUGAGACCACCGCCAGAAAAGCCUCCACCUCAUCACGGAUAGACCCCUUGGUGUGGAAAAAUAUUUGGAAAGCUUAG